UUGAUUCGCCAACCUAGUGCAAUAACAAAAAAUAUAAUAAUAAUAAAAUAAACGCAAUGAUUUUUUUUGGAUAUUGAUCAGCGAAGCUAAGAUUCAUUUAUUUUGACUGAAAAAGCUGUUAAGUUUUCUGAUUGCAAAUAAUAAAAUUUAAGAUAUUUUUUAUCACCGGUAUGGUACCGGUACCGGUACUGUAUUAUUAUUAAAGUGACGAUGACAACAGUCGCUUGUAUUUUUUACUAUUUUACAGUUUCUACUCUCAUAGGCUACGGUACCAGCAGACCAGUGCCCUUAACAGUAAGGUAAUACUGUAAUAGUCUAAUCGUAAUAAAUUCAGAAAGUUGCAGGUUAGGCGAUGAAUCGAUGAUAGAAUAAUAUCAGAAUAUUGCAAGCUGAGUGUUUAUUCAGUUAUUCAAUAAUUUUGCUAUGUGGGUCUUCAUGCUUCGUUGCUUGCUUGCAAUAUUACCAUGGGUUCUCCUAGUUCACACAGAAAUAACAAAUGAAACAGAACAGGAAAAUAUUGCUUUGAUGGAUAGCAAGAACUCAGAUGAUUCUUCAAGCAGUGAUGAGUUGAUUGGAACAUGCUCUUAUCUGGUAUAUAAACACCAUUUUCUUCAAAAUACUUGUCCAUUAGAUGAAAACUACAUAUUUAGCAGGUUUAAAAAACUUCGUAAACGCUGCCUUCACAAUCUGAAUUCUUCACGUCUUUCAAUCGAUCAUGCCGUUGUGCUAAAUUUUACAACUUUUAUCAAAACUCUUGAGGAACGCCAUGAAACUGCAUGUUCAGUGGUUUUAUUUUAUGCAAAAUGGUGUCCUUUCUCUAUGAAAAUUUCACCAUCUUUUAAUGCCCUUGGCAGAAUUUUUACAAACUUGGAUUUCUUUGCUGUUGAUGUAUCAGAAACAAAUAGCUUCUUAACAAGAUAUGGUACAGUUGGUGUUCCCACUGUUAUGAUCACUGAAGGCACAAGGUUAUUUGCAAGAUACAAUUCACCAAAUAUUACUGUACCAGCCAUCGCAGAAUUCAUCACAAAUCAAACUAACUUGGUAGUGCCUGUAGUCAAUAAUUCUUCUCUGGAUGUGGUACUCCAAAUUACCCCAGAAGACCACAUUGGGCCGGUGCCAUCUGAACCGUCCAAUGACCCCAACUGGGCGUUGGUUGCAUCAAUAAUUUUUCAAAUUUUGUAUUUAUGUCAACAUUUCUUAAUUGCAAAAUGGCAUCAAUAUUUUCCUAUAUUUGAAAACAUAUUUAGAUAACACUACAUGAAAAUUUGACAGUCUGGAGCAUGAGCUACACUGUGCAUGUGCAAUUACUUACUGAUGUACAACUUGUCUAGGUGUAAAUAAAAUUUGCCCUCUUAUCGGUUCUGCUGAAUUCGGUGUAAUUAUGUCCUCUCAGUUUGUUUCUAUUGGAUAGUAAAUGGAGAUAUUGCUGCUUACUUUUUGUUCUUAGUUUAAUUAUGCAUUUCUGAAUGAGUUUGACCAUGGUCAGACAAAACGUUACAGAAUGAACCUUUUUGUUUUCUGCAAUAUAUUUUUUGAGGUCAUUCUAUCGUUCACGAUAUUUUUUAUAAGGAAUUAAAAGAAGCUUUAAAUAUAGGA